GCCGGCAAGCAGGUGACGUAGUGAUACUGGUUAUUCCAGCAGUAUGACUAGAGAGGCAGAGUGACGAAGGUAGAACCGGCUGCAUUGCUAUUGUAAGACUUACCAGAACAAAGUUCAGCUGACGGGGAAGGGAGAGGAAAUAAGGCACUGACUGUUCAUUUCUUAGAAGUACAAGCAGGGUUAAUGGCUGCAAAGUUUGAGUGAACCUGGGAAGGAACUUACAGUAUCUGGUUUAUUGGUGAAUAAUAUAAAUCAUCUGUGGAUUAUUCUGGGGUCCAGGCCAACAUUUUACACAAUUAAGCAAGAUGUCAGGAGCUGAAGGGAAGAUGAGUGCAAAAGCUCUAUAUGAGCAACGAAAGAAGUAUUCCAAUUCCAAUAUUAUCAUGCAAGAGACUUCUCAGUACCAUGUGGAGCAUCUCGCCACAUUUGCAAUGGACAAGAGUGAGUCCAUUGUGACAGUAGAUGAUGGCAUCAAGAAACUAUUGCAAUUGGAAUCAAAGGGGAAGGUGUGGACUCAGGAGAUGCUGCUGCAAGUGAAUGACAAAGCCAUUAGACUGCUGGACUGCGAAAGUCAGGAUGAGUUGGAGAACUUUCCAUUGAACAUAGUGCAUCACUGCCAAACUAUACUCAACCAGUCAAAAUACCCAUCAGUUUUACUGCUCAUGUGUCAAGACUCCGAUCAGCACAAACCCGAUAUGCAUUUCUUCAACUGUGAUGAGGUUGGGGCUGAGAUGAUUCAUGCAGACGUUGAGAGUGCAAUCUCCGACUGCAAAGAUGGACAGAAAAUUCGACCACAGACCCUGAAGGUGAAUCAAGAGAAAAUGAAGAAGCAGCGGGAGACAAUAAUCCCUUCACCCCCUCAAAGUAUUGCACCUGUCCACCCUCCUGGUGCCAGAAGUCGAGCUGCUGCCCUCACAGACCAGAAUGACCAAGUGGAACAAGAUCGGAGAAGCAUCAGUUCCCAGGAUCAUGAGGAGUCACCCGAAGUCUUGGCUCAAAAGAUCGAAAAAGAUGUGCAAAUCCUAAACUGCACACUGGAUGAUAUUGAGUUCUUUGUAGCCAAACUUCAGAAGGCUGCUGAAGCAUACAGUCAACUGAACCAAAGGAAGAAAUCCAAGAAGAAUAAAAAAAAGGCACCAGCAGAGGGUAUGCUUACUCUGAGAGCAAAGCCACCAUUACCAGCGGAAUUUGCUGACUGUUUGCAAAAGAUCAAGCUGACCUUGAACAUGUUGGCUAAACUAAAGAGGCAUAUUCAAAAUCCAACUGCCGUGGAGUUGCUGCACUUCCUGUUUGGACCACUUGAAUUGGUGGUUCAGACCAUCGGAGGUCCAGAAAUACCCAAGACCAUCAUAAGCCCUCUACUUUCCAAAGAUGCAACGGAUUUUUUAAGGGGCCACCUCACUCCAAAAGAGAUGAUGCUAUGGGAGUCACUGGGAGAGGCAUGGACCAGGUCCAGGGUUGAUUGGCCAAGGGACCACUUUGUUCACCCAUAUGUGCCCAAGUUUAGAAAUGGCUGGGAGCCACCUCUCGACAAUUUUCGAGGUGUUCCCUGGGAACUGGACCCACACCAAGUGGCAGAUUCCAUCGCAACUGCACCAGAUACACAACGCAGACAGGAGGAGAUGAAGCAACAAUCUGAGGAGCACUCAUCGAAACCCUGCUUCCCUCCUCCCAAUGGGUAUGCAUACUGUAAUACAGCAUUCAAGAGAGGCCAGAUUGCUGACCAGAAUACUGCAGUGGAUGCUUUUAAACAGAGUGUUAGUCGGCAUGUAGAUAGGCAGCACUCGCAAUUAUCAGCACCAGGGAGCACCACGUCAAUUUUAGGGGAGCUCACGGGCAGCUGUCUACCUGCCAGAUCAACCAUAAGAAAUUACGAGGCUCAAGGAAUCCAGCAACAGAAAAAAUAUGUUCAGAUAGUUUAUGACUUUGUGGCAAGGAACGCCAAUGAACUGUCUGUCCUAAAGGAUGAGAUAUUGGAGGUGGUAGAAGAUAAUAAGCAGUGGUGGAAGCUGAAGAGCAAAUUUGGAGAGGUUGGCUAUGUCCCAUUUAACAUGCUGAGUGUCGUAAAUUUAGAUGCUAUCCCUAGCCAGUCUGAUCGCCCUUACAGCCAGAGUGGUCAACGGUACAAAGGAGACUUGAGUCCAAGAGGGACAGGACCAAAUAUCUCAGGUUACAUUCCACCUGGAUCCUUUACUGGCCCUAGUCACGCGAGACAUGGAAGCUAUGAGCUACCGGGACUACCAAACAGGCCCUACUCAAGGGAUAAGGACCAUAUAAUGACGCAGAUGGAUGAAGUGAAUGAUGAGCUCUUACAUUUAAUUACCACUAACAAAACAAAACCGCCCUCACGCAAUUUCAUGGUCCCAAAGCAAUCAUCAAUUCAAAUACCGCUAAGUUAUGAAUCCAGCGCAGAUGAUGUCAAAUCCUGGUUGGAGGCAAAAAGCUUCAGCAAAUCGACAGUGGGUGGCCUGGGCAUAUUGACAGGAGCACAGAUAUUUUCCCUUAAUAAAGAAGAACUGAAGAUGGUGUGUGGAGAGGAAGGCGCUCGUGUGUACAGUCUAAUCCAAGUACAGAAGGUAGAGCUAGAUAAACAUCGAGGUGAUACAGAGCUAGAAGAAAUCAUGAAACGAAGACAGGAGAGGAUCGAUUCCAGUCAAUAAAAUUUCACUGCAGUUUGCUUUGCGAUUGGACAAUAAGACGGAUAAAUUAAACAUGUAUAAAUGGAAGGGUGGGGUCUCUUUUACAGAAUUAAUAACAAUUAUUGAUUGUUUUGUGGAUUUUACUCCUAUUGUUUCUAAAGAAAACUUCUAUUCAGGAUCUGCAUGGCUUUCAGUCUUGUAGUUGGCAUGAAGUAUUAAUAUGCACACUAUAUACAUAUAGAAAUAUACAUAUAUGUAUAUAUGUAUGUAGCUAUAGUAGUGGAUGUUGUGGAGCAUUGUUGCCAAAACCUGAAGCCAAGUGAACACAGUAUAAAUGUAAUUUGCUAAAUAUUAGUAGAAUGGCAGAAUGAUAAUCCCGCAGCCAGAUCCUGACUUAUACAGAUAAGCUGAGAAACUGCUGUAGGCAAUAUUAAUGGACAAAUUCUGACUGUGAUCAUGUAAUGUUCCUUUGCCUGCACUUUUACUGGAGACUGUAAAAUAAAUGGGUUGCAACUCUGCUAAAA